CAUUAUAAUUAUGCAUGAUUUUGCGCAGAAGACACUUCCGUAGUUUCCGGUUAUUGAAUUCAAAACAAAAAUAUGGACAUCUUUGAAGCUUUACAAGACUUAGAAGCCAAAUAUGACUUUAUAUUUAAAGAAAAACAAAAGCUCGCUAUUACAUCUAUAUUUGACUGUCAGGAUACCUUUGUAGUUCUGCCAACUGGUUACGGCAAGUCCAAAAUUUAUUCACAUUUGCCAGAAUUGUACGAACUUGUAACCCACGUCAAAGGCACAGUGUUAGUUAUAUCACCAAUUCAAGCCCUUAUGAUAGACCAGGUUACCAAACUUGAAAACAAUGGUGUUAGUGCUACAUUCGUUGGAGAAAAGCAAACAGACAAAAGUAUUCCGGCACGAAUUAUUGAGGGUGAAUUCUCCAUUGUGUUUUCCUCUCCUGAAGCAGUAUUGAAUAAAGGUCCAUGGCGGAGAUGUAUUACACAAGGUGUAUUCCAUGAGAACUUGAAGGCAGUUGUUAUAGAUGAGGCUCACUGUAUAACACAAUGGGGUGGUGAAUUUCGCAAGGAGUAUAGUCAUCUUGGAGAACUUCGAUCUGUUGUGCCCAAAAAAACAACUUUUGUAACUUUAACAGCAACUGCAACAAGAUCAAUAAAGAAAGACAUUAUGAAAACACUUGAUAUGGACAUCAAAAGAACAAGCAUUAUUUCCGUGAUACCAGAAAGGCCAAAUUUAUCAUAUUAUGUGCAAAAAAGUAGUAAGAAUUUGGCAGAUUUAGACUGGCUAAUUAACGAUCUACUUAAAUUUGAAAAAUCCACCAAAAAGACAAUCAUAUAUUGCAGAAAUAUUGUUUCUUGUUCCAAUUUGUAUGAGUAUUUCAGACUAUCAUUAGAUGACAGAAGUGAAUCUCUAGAUGAUAGAUUGAUAGGAAUGUUUCACCGUUCAACUGCUGAUAUCAAUAAAAGUCAUGUGCUUGAUGAGUUUCAGAAACUUGACAGUUCUCUGCGUGUUGUUUUUGCUACCAUUGCGUUUGGAAUGGGUAUAGACAUUCCUGACAUUGAGCGUGUCAUUCACUGGGGAGGGCCACAAGGUCUAGAGCAAUUCUCACAGGAAAGUGGCAGGGCAGGCAGAGAUGGUCGUUCAGCCGUAUCAGUUAUUUACUUCAGUGGAUAUGACUUGGCUAAGGGAAACUGUUCAGAAGAAGUGCGAGAAUUUUGUAAGACUGAAGACUGUUUAAGGAAUACUUUGUGUGCAUACUUUCAAUUAAAUACUAGUGGUUAUAGCGUUAUAAAGCCCGAUCCUCCUUGUACAUGCUGUAGUAACUGCAAAUUAAAGUGUGUCUGUGGAUUCUGUAGUGAAAGCCAAUUUCUAGGUAGUGAAUUAGAUAACUCAUCGGUUCUUGAUGAGGACUUAAACACUGGUAUUAAAAGAGAUCUUACUCUUGAACAACGACAAUUACUUCGUGAAAACUUAUUAGACUACAAAGAAUGUCUUAUUGAAGAAGAAAGUGAACUUUCAAGUGAGUUAGAGGACUUUGCUUUAGACCAGAUUGUAAGAAAUGCACCAUAUUUGUUAUGUGAAGAUGAUGUCAUAUCUCUAGGACUUGUUAGCCCUGAGCUUGCUGCAGAUAUUUUAACACUUAUUGAUGAAGUCUAAGUACAUACAGUGAUUUAGGGCCAUACUUACAUGACUUAUGUCAAAAUAUUGCAUGAAUUUUGUUGUAGAAAUGCAACAUACAACAUGUACAAUGUAUUUUCAAAAACUCAACCAAGUUCUAAAAAGAAUUUUUUUUAUCAUGUACAUCUACCUGUAGAUGUUCAAUUUUUAAUGCUCAGAUACAUGUACAUGUAUGUACAACUGAACAUGUGAGAUCUCCGACAUUAAGAAAAAUACCGAGUUGAUUAGUCAUAUUUUAAGUACAAUGUAUCAUAAACAUUUGUCAUACAUGUCCACAUUGUCAUGAUUAUCUGGUUUACUUUUGAAAAUAAAUAGAAAUAUUUUACAGUUA